GGAGUGCAAGCGCCAAUUUUUGACGAUUAUUGUCUUGCUCGUCCCAGACACACAAUAGAGGUUACACUAAGGUGAUGAUAAAAAUAGAGCAGUCUCACAACACAAAUUUAUAACAAACGUUCACACAACGUCUAAAACCUAUUGGAUUCUUACAGCAACAGGGAGGCGUACAUGCAUGCAGUGCGGUAACAUCCAAACCGGGGGGAAAUUAACAUUAAUACCAUUUCUGCAGCAAAACCAAGACCUCUAACGCUGAACUAAAGCAAUAUCUCCACAAAACGCUCUUAGCGGAUUUUUUUUUUAACAAAGGAUGAGCAGGGUCGGACUGACAGCUGGAACAACAAAAACAAGAACUCCAGCAAGCGAGAGAGAGGGGGGACAGUAAAAGGAAAAACUGAUUGAAGACAAAGUGAUACCAGCAGAGACAAGAAGAUUACAAGCCCUGGACUGCGACCUCCCAUCCUCCAAGGAGAAUACUGGAGUUCCACACGUGUGGGAGGGGGAAGAAGCACUGGUCAGCACCCCCCCUAUUGUUGGUCCGACCCAGAGCCAUCGCCCUGAGAAAAACAUAACCGAUCUCAACCGUGGAUUUGAAAAAGAAGCAGGAAGGGAAAUUGAGACAGUGACAGCUCCAGUCCCACCCCAGCAAAUCCCUCCCUGGCUAAUCUCUAUGAGUGUUUGGCUUUUUUACGCCUGCGGCUCCACAGACGGGGAGCCUCAGUGGGACUUUAAGAUGGAGCAGGUUGGCGGGCGCAGUUUCAUGGAGGUCCUCAGCGAGAAGUACAGCCCUGAGAACUUCCCUUACCGCCGGGGGCCUGGCAUGGGGAUCGUAGUGCCAGCCGGCCCGCAGGGCUCGCCCAUGAAAGACCGCCUCAACCUGCCCAGCAUCCUGGUUCUGAACAGCUGCUGCAUUACCAGUGCGGGGGACGAGGGAGAGAUUGCUGCGUUCUGCGCACACGUGUGUGAGCUCGACCUGUCUGACAACAAGCUGGAGGACUGGCACGAGAUCAGUAAGAUAGUGUCAAGCAUCCCUCAUCUGUAUUUCCUGAACCUCACUACUAACCCGCUGAGCCAGGCCGUGCUGGACCCCAGCUGCUCCAAGGCGCUGGUCAGGGUGCGUCGCCUCGUCCUGAACAACACCAAAGUGUCAUGGGAGACCCUCCACACCCUCCUCGCAGAGAUGCCACAGCUGGAGCAGCUGUUCUUGUGCCUUAACGGGUAUGACACUGUGUCCCACUCGUCCGUGCGGUGCUCCUCUCUGCGGCUGCUGCACAUCACCGACAACAACCUGCAGGACUGGAGUGAGGUGUGCAAGGUCGGGGCCAUGUUCCCUUGCCUGGACACCCUCGUCAUGGCCAACAACCACCUGAGCAGCAUCGGGGGCUCAGAGGAGACCCUGAGCAGGCUCUUCCCCUGCCUGCACCACAUCAAUCUUCACAACUCAGGUCUGAAUAGCUGGGGGGAUAUUGAGAAGCUGAACUUGUUUCCCAAGCUGGACGAGGUGCGUCUGAAGGGCAUCCCCUUGUUACAGAACUACACCAACACCGAGCGCAGGAACCUCAUCAUUGCACGGCUGCCCUCGGUGACCAUGCUAAACGGCAGCGACGUGACGGAUGGGGAGCGGGAGGACGCCGAGAGAUUCUUCAUUCGGCAUUACCUGGAUUUCCCAGAGGAGGAGCUGCCGUGCAGAUACCAUGAAUUGGUGACCAAGUACGGGAAGCUGGCGCCCCUAGCAGAGGUCGACCUUCGACCCCGCUGCCACGCAAAGGUGGAGGUCCGCUGCGAGGGCAAAAUGGAGAUUGUGAGCAUCCGGCUGGACCAGACUGUGUCAGGGCUGAAGAAACGGCUGCGGAGCGUGGUGCAGCUGUCCCCCAACAGCAUGCGGCUCUACUACAUAGACAAGGACCUGUCCUGCCCCUUUGGCCCAGAGGAAAUGAAGUACAGCACGCGGGCCCUGCACUCCUACAGCAUCAAAGACGGAGACGAGAUUCUCGUGGUGCCCAAGUCCAGACCACAGUCCACCCCCCCUGCACCCUCCUCUUCCAGCUCCUCCUCCACCCCUCUGUCUCCCAGCCUCUAAGCACACACAGUCAGGAACAAAGAGAAACUCUUCGGCACUUCUUUUCUAUGUGCGUCAGUUACUUGAUCACUUAUUUUAUCCAGCUGUGUUUUGAUUUUUGUUGCACUAUUGUAGGUUGUUAAGCAAAGCUGAUUUUUAUUUAUUUAUUUUUUUUCAGUCGCCCUCACUUCCGGUAGCCUGAGACGCUGUUAUUUUGGUGUGCACAAAGGGGUUUAGGAUGUAAUUUUGGUUAGCUUGUACCUUCGACGUUUCUGACAGGCGAGACCAGCCCUACAAUAUACCCUCUUAAAAGUCAGCCAGCGCUUUCUCCUCCACCACUAUAGCGGUGCUUCUGACAAUCUAUGAACCUCCUGAACAGUUGUGACAGAUCAACAAAGCGACACAAAAAUAAUAAUUUAUUAUUAUUAUUAUUAUUAUUAUUAUUAUUAUUAGUAACAAUAGAAUCGUUAUUUUUCCUUGCAAAUCUCUUAUUUGUCCAGCAGUUGUUCAGGGGGGAGGUUUUUUUUAAAAUAAUUUUAAUGCUAUAGUCCAAUCAGAAAAUAUAUUAUAGCAGCUUAGUAUGGGUAUGACAUACUAGUGUUUCUUGCCUUAUUUAGAGACCUCUAGUCUAUUGGGUUCCUGCUGAAUAUUGGCAUCGCCCAAAGCUUCUAAAGAUGGAUUUUACGCAAACGUUUUUUGGUUGUUUCUGUUGACUGCCCUUGCACACAAUGCUGGCAUGCUUCCCAUUCUGUAGACCUGUAACUAUACUAGCACAAGAUUUGCAUACUACACGCUCGUGGCUGAUUUGGUUUCCUCUGUACACCAAAUCUAUUCUAACACCAUAGGUUCUGGGGCUCAGUACUUGCUGAAGUUGUGAUUGCUAAUCAUGUAAUAUAAUGACCUUCUUCUGUAUUAGACUUUUAGAAGUGGAUUCAAUGAAAAAAAAUACGUUACAGCCGUUCUAAAAGUUUACCAUAGUAAAUGCCUCCCAAAUGGUAGUAAAGUGCAGUAAAACAUGGUAAGGAAAAGGGAAGCUUUGUACAUGUUGUGGAUGUAGGGCAGGCGGUCUCUUCACCUUGUUGAAAAGGGUUAUUUAUCUAAGUAUGCCACUGAUAUGCAGCACCUUUUUAAAAUGAUAUGGCACUGUUUUCUUUUUAAUUCUUCAGCUGCAUGUUGUCAAGGUUUCAUUUACAUUUCAGUAGUGCUGCUCCAGCUAAGAUCUAGGAAGUAUUAGUUAUUACUAUGAUAACAUACAGUGUGGUGAACUGUACCAAGAUAAAAUGGCUUGUAAUGGCAUGUUAAGAAUAGUCCAGGGUGCAGCGUUUUCAAAUACCUGUUUUAGGACUGGAGUCGGCAAUCCUUUUCUACGUAACCCUAAAUGUCUCCAACCUUCUUCCUCAAGCAAGCUUUACAUUCAGCGCUCCGCAGAUUGAGUGGGCUAGUUCUGCAGCCGCGGCUCCUUGUUACUGUAUUGCUUUAGCUGCUUCACACUGAGGGAGGCGUGAAAUCAAUACAGCAGCAACAGAGCAGAUCAUAUACACAUAUACAGUCAUUAUAAAACAAGUACAUGCAUACAUAUAUAUAAUAUAUGGAUAGAUAGAUCUGAAUUCUGUUCAGAGUGUUUAUACGAGGGCGUCAGGUUGUCGCAUUGCAAGCUUUUGAUUCGUUCUAAACUUUGCAGCAGAUCACUCGAUUUUAGCUUCUGUUACUGCUUGUUUUCUUCAUUAUUUUAUCAAUGCAGUUGUGGUAUUAUUAACACACCAGGUGUACAAGGUUAAACAUCGGAGACGAAAGACUGAAAUUCCACCUUUUACUUUGUAAAAAAAAAAGAAAUGCAUGUCAUGCUAUGUAUUUUUUUUUUCUUCUUUUAUUGAAACGCUAAAUGUGUGUUUGUACUCCUAGCAUCUUGCAGACUUUUCGGAUUGCACUCGGGUACAAUCGACUGCUGAUUUUAAACACAUUUUAUUGAUGCCCCCCCCCCCCCCCCUUUGAAUUUGCAUGCAGUGGUUUUCAGAUACAAUUAGUGUUCUUCCGUUCAGUAAAGGUGUUUUUUUGCCUCUAAGCUCGCUUCACAACAGGUCCCUGCAUAUGAACGCCCUGUUCUGUACAGUCGUAGUGCCACCUUCACAGUGGGUUCAGAGGUUAGGAUCACAGCUAUUUACUUCCCUGCCUGGUUUUCUGUGAAUGAAGAGUCCCGCGGGAGCGGUGAGAAGCAAAGCCGUGAAGGAACUCGCUGUGCUAAACCUCUAAAAAAGGUGUCCAACAAAUCCACUCAGCCCUCAUCAGGUGUCAAUACGAAAUGAAGCCAUGUUGUGAGGUUCCCUCCUAUCCAUAAUAUUGGAUUGCUUGCUUGUUCUAAGAAGUUAUAAAACUGAGCUGCAAUCCCGAUAGUCCUAACUGGACAUUUAAUUUAAAAAUAAAAAUGAUGUAUGAGAUAUAAAAAAAAUAUAUAUAUAUAUAUAUAGUAUAAACAAUACAUAGAGGUUAUAGGUCCUGAUUUAGCAACUGCAAAAAAGGCAUAUUUAAUAAUAAAUAAAAGACAUUUAAAUGUUAUAAAUCAUUGAGCAAAUUAAAAUGUUUUUUGUUUUGUUAUUUUUUUUUAUAAAUAUGAUGCUUACUGAUGUUUUUUCUUUCUUGUAAUAAAUUCGGUAGCCGCCCAAAACAUCACUGAAGUUCAACAAACCAGUUUUUUUUUUUUGGCACAGGACAUGAUGGGGGUCAUUUUUUUUUUUAAUUAAAUGAGAUCGGAUCCCAACAACCCCUUUAAAACCCCGGAGAUGACCCUGCAGUUUUGUAGACUUCAUUCCACUGUGUUAGAAUUCUGUUUCGGGAUGGCAAUAAGGGGACCCAGUCAGCUCCCGUAAUGGAGUGAAGUGUUUAGAGCAUUGAAGUAGCAGACACCUGGGUGAAUGCUUGAAGUUAUUUACUUUGAUUUGAAUAGUUUUUAUUGUUUGUAUUGUACAGCUCUAUGAAGUUAUUGUAGACUUAGAAAUAUUUUGUUUUAUAACAAGUUGGCAAUUUAUCAGUAACAAAUAGCAAGUUGCAGCUGUCAUUACCGUCCUUAUCUAUUUCAUUACAGCCUCUUAAUGACUUGAUAAUGGCACAACCCUUCCUGAAUUGUUGCUUGGACACAGCAUGCUGCAGUCGGACAGACAGCUCUGUUCUGCUUAAGAGUACACAGCCUAAAUAAUAACUAUACUAAGUAUUCACUGAUUCACGGACCACAUUUCUGCGAGACUCGUGGAAUGGUAUCUUGUUCAACAGUGUAACUAGAAAACUAUUUUAAACAGAUUGUUUCAAAAAUAAAGUAUGCUGUAUUGUU